UUCACUGAGUUGAAGUACGGUGCGUUCAGCGACUCGAACCCGGGACACAGUGGAGCUCCUGUCGGCUUAUUGUUUCCCCUCCGGAGCUCCGGACCACACCGAGGCUGCCACCGGAGGAAGCACCUGGCGGGCAGGCUGAGGGAUGGACGCCCUGAAAUCCGCCGGAAGAGCGAUUAUCAAGAGCCCCGGAGUCCCGCGGCACACAUGGGGAACUUCCAAGCAUGAGAAGCUCCCAGAGAAUUGGACUGACACCAAGGAGACUCUCCUGGAGGGGAUGGUGUUUAACGUCAAGUACCUGGGGAUGACUAUGGUGGGCCAGCCCAAAGGAGAAGAGAUGGCCGCUGCUGCCAUUCGGAGGAUUGUUGCCACGGCCAGGGCCGGCGCCAAGAAGUUUCGCAAAGUCACUCUUACCGUUUCACCGAAAGGAAUCGUCAUCACAGACACAGAGAGCACCGACCUCAUAGAGAACGUCUCCAUAUACAGAAUCUCUUACUGCACAGCGGAUAAAACUCAGGACAAAGUCUUUGCCUACGUGUCUCAGAGUCAAUUCAACGAGACGCUGGAGUGCCACGCUUUUCUCUGCCAGAAGAGGAAGAUCGCUCAGGCUGUCACACUGACGGUGGCUCAGGCUUUCAAAGUGGCACUUGAUCUGUGGGAGAUCGCUCAGGAAGACAAAAACAAGAAGGGAAGAAGUCGCUGUUCUUGCACGGCCAGCGACUCGCAGCCGGAGAAUACAGAGACUCAGGCUGCCUGUGCAGAAUCACAGCUGCCAACAGAGCAGAAAGCUCGUCGGCCCGUGUUCUCCUCGUCCAUCAGCUCCCCUUCACCCCGCAGUAACCCGACCAAGAGAAGAACCUUCAAGCACGACUCCUGGGACGUGGACGAUGGACUGGACGAUCCAUGCUCAAGCAACAUGGAGGAUCCUGGUAUGACAUCCCAGAACAUUUAUCUUUAACACCUGUCUUUCUUCCAUUCUUUCAUCUGGGUCCCAUCAGGCUGGCCCAGUCCAGCCUAGCUCUGACUCUCUGACUCUCUGCUCUCACCGUGUUGGUCUGUCUGAACCCUAAAUCAGACGUCCACAGAAAUAUCAAGGCUCACACGGGUCAGAUUUUGGACAACCUUCAUAUGUUGAUGGAUCACGUCCACUGGUUUCACGGACGAGUUUGGCGAGCAAACUCUUGUUUUGACAGCCUCCGGUGGGACCUGCUGAAGUAGACGUUUGGUCUGUCUCAGCUGACUUUGUCACGUCUGUCCAAUGUUCUGCACUGUACAUACAAAGUUAAUUUUAGAUAGAACGACAGCAGCAAAGAGAAAAAAGCACUUCUUUUUAUUUUAGAACUCUUUAUGUCCAGGUGAUGACAUGCAUUUGGGCACAACAGUGUGUUGUCACUUUAUCAUCCCAAAACAGAUCUGAAACUCAAAGGUUUUGAUGAUUUUCCACUGAAUUAGCAGGCAAUGUCAGUUUGCAUGGUUUUUAAAUGAGCACUAUAAUGACUUGUCAUGAUGUUUUUCUAUCCACAUAUCUGUCGACGUGUUUUUUGUCGCCUCUGCUGUACGUAUGCAGCACCCUGAUCUUAACCUUGAACGCUCCACGCUGCAUCUGGACGACGUUGGCACUGCAGACAGUGGCAAGUUUAUGGUUCAGAUUCAUUUGUGUUGGUCCAGCAGUGGCGCAGAGAUGCUUAAACAUGAAGCCCUUUAAAGUGCCUGUGAUCAGGUGCCAUGUUUGGAGCCACAUCAGAAGAAGGCAGGAGAUGAAAGUGAAGGAAUGUUGCUGGAAGACCUUCAAAGCUGACUUGUCAGGUCAUGAACACUAGCCCAGAAAUAAUUGUUAAAUCAAACACCGUUGUGUCUACAAAGCAAAACAUUAGCUAACAACCACUGUUAACAACGGGGUUUCAGUUGUUUUCCAACAUGGCAACUGACUACUUAAACGUCCUUGUCUCUAUAACGGCAGGUCUGAGUAAAGCAAGUAGGGCCGUGUUUACUAGACCUACUGCCACCAGGGGGCGGUGGUGUUCCACAAGUUUCCAUGAUAGCGCGUCUUGCAGAACGAGGGCACAGAAGUGUUUAAAACUACGACGUUGGUCUCACCAAAGAGUCACGAGCUCCAUUUUCAAAGGGGAAAUGUGUCAGAAAGGUGUCAGAAAAUCACAUGUGAGGACAAAUCAAAGGAACACUUCUGACGGACUCUCAAAGAGCCGCCUUAUAUGUAUCUUCUUGCUUCAUUAUGCGUGACUUUUGAACCUAAACUGGCCUCACUGCACCUAGAUAUGUUAUUAUGAAAGUGUGGCGAGUCUGACCUGAGAGAACUCAUGAUAAUUAUUCAUGUAUUAUUAAUGUUAGCGCUUCAGGCGGACGUUUUAGGAACCAUUUCCAUCAUGAGUAUGUGCCCAGAUACAUUUUUUAAUGGUUUUGAUGUGUUUUUUUAAGAUUAUUUUCAACAUCUGUGUAUGUGUUUGACAUUUAUUAAGUAUCUUUCUGUGGCUUCAAACAUCGUUUUGGUUACGUUUUAUUCCCCACGUUAAUCUUUUCUCGCUGGCGCCCCCUAGGGGAGGCCUCACACUUACAAAAAAAAUGCUGGUCUAGAACUGUCCAGUUUCCUUCAAUCAAAAGUGAUUCUAUUGAAAGCAAAAAAAUUCUGACGUUCAGCUGUUAAGAUCGGCUUUCAGAUAUUUACAAUGCCGUCCUAUUCUGACAGAAUUGAGUGAAUUAAACCUCGAGCACAAACAUUUUUAAGCGUGAACUAAAUCUGUCAUUUUCUGUCUCCUAUUUUAUUGCCCUUUUCCACAUUACUCGCUUCACACAGGCUGAGCAGGAAGGAAGUGCUUGAACGCUGUCUUUUUUAUGAAUAACUUGGAUAUUUCAGUGGGAUUCCAAGUAAGAAAUGUCACCAGCCUUCAGCUCAGUGACUUUUAGUCGCUGCCGAGAGAGAAAUUGAGUCUCACUUCAUGCUGGUGUCUUGUUGUCAUGACACCCGCUGCAGAAUAACUUGGUUAUCUUAUCUUGUAAAGCGUGAUGAUGCUGUCAUCCCUGAAGAUCUGCUCCACCAUCUCAUCUAGAGGCUAUCAGAUGUGCAGGUUUUAUUAGUGACAGUAAAGGUCAACAGCUGCAGCGCCACCUUGCCAACACUGGAUUUAUCUGGUAAUAUUUUACUUCGGAGGUCAGGUGAGGAAUCAAUCUUCAAUGCGGAGGGAUUUUUCCAUCUCAAUCAUGACAGUUUUCAUACAGUAGCAGCAGGAAAAUGAUUCUCAAUUUAGAGCCAUUUGCAUCGCUCUGAAAUGAUCUGAACGGAUGCUUGCUCGAGCGAGACCAAUGGACAAAGAGAGGACGUAUAAGCCCAUCAAACUAGAGACACUACACAAACCGCUGCCAACUGGAACUUCACUACUGCCUGGAUAGAAUUUCCAUCAUCUUGAAGAAGAGGUGUGUCGAGUUGGAGUGGAGUGACGCUCACGUGAGGGAUGUUUAUAGCCGUGAAAGUAAUUCACUUGUGCUUUUAAUUUGAAAUAAAUCGACCUGUUAAACGGCCCUGCUCAUGUUGCCGCGCUCUUCACGUCAGCCUCUUCCUCAACCUGUAACUGAAGAUUAUUAUGUUUAAUACCCAUCGAAAAAUGGUGCUGAUUUAUCAACUAUGCAAUAAUCUUGGGUCUCCCGCCACCUUGCAAUGUAAAAGCAUUAAAACACUAGACGCCCUCCUCAAACUUUGU